AGUUUGAAAUGAGACAAUUGCUAUGAGGACGGGGGCUAGAGCUUAUAAGUCCAAGAAACUAUUGACAGAUUGCUGGACAAUCAGCUGAUUUCAGGCACCAUUCCGACGUCAUGCAAUAUCCGGCAAACGGAUUUAGAGGGAAAAGUGUGUAUUGAUCGUCGCUCUCAGCAGGGAUUAAAAACGGAAACCGACAUUCGGGACGGCACGCUCACCGGCUCCCCGGGGAACAGGGGGGGGGGGAAGAAAAGUUCAUGAUAUCGGCCAGAGGUCCCCCACGGAGGUUUUUUCCCCCACGAUCUACCAGCUCGUGAUGGAUAUCUCAUGUGGAGGCUUGAGUUAUUUCAGAGAGAAAUGUCAGGGCAGGAUGAGAAAAAAGGAAAUAUGAAAAGAGCCUCACCUCCCGGCAGAAUGAAGCACGCUAGUUCAUGGACACAUCAGCUUCAUACCCAACCCAAAGAUGGACCCUGACUCACACGCAACCAAACGACGUCGUGUCGCCGAAGACACCGGAUCUUACUCCGCGGAGUAUCAACACCAAAGCCAGCAUCACUACAUCAAUGCCAAGACAGCCAAGACCGACCCUGUACCUCCUCCAUUUACCAGUGGCAUCUCCAGCGGAGACUUUCAGUUCACCGCUUUCCAGAACCCCUCGACCAUAACAGGAUUGUCGCCAAUCAGGUUCGAAGACUUUCUGAACGAGCCAACUGGCGAAACACCGCGCCCGGAAGAGCCGGAGGAGCCUGGGCCUAACAAAAAGGAACAUAAAGCUGAGGAAGACGUCAGUGUCAGAGAGCGUCACAACAGCAUUGGAAAACGAUAUCGAAACAAACUCAACGAGCAGUUUGAGAAUCUGGAGGCGCUCUUGUCACAGCAGAACCCCGAGGAAGACUACAAUGAGAGCCACAGAAACACCGCCCGGGACUCCAGCUUUUCACCAACCCAAGUCAGGAAACGCCAAAGGGGACGGAGUGUCAACAAGGCCAGUUUGCUGGAGAUGGCCAAAGUGCGCAUCAAAGCCCUCACUGAGCAACGAGAGAUGUUGAUAGCCGAGGUAGAACAGCUGGAGAAGGAGUUAGCGGAGGAGGCAACAAAGCAAGCGAGUGGAAGCCGACACCAUGGGUGAGACUUGGUGAUGUAAUUAAUCCCAGACAGAUAGAGCCUUUUAGUUCUUUUCCCCCAAAGCAACAAUAACGAAUAACCACUUCCAACAGGCACGCAGGCUAUGAAUCCCAGCA